GUGCCAAUUUGUUCCCAAAUGGUUAGCCCUCCCGUUUGUGUUCCACGCAUGGAGGCCACAGAAUAAAAUCAGUACCGAACGACUGCCACCUAUCCUGAGAGUUUCUGCUGCCCAGAAUUGGCGGUUUAUUUUUUGAAUGCAUUUCCCGUGAUUGAGUUAUACCCCCAUAUUUUGUGCAUCCUUUGGAGCGAUAAUUAAUAAUGUCUACAUGUUUGCCAGUCAAACAUAGUUAAAGGAAGAAAAAAAAAGGCGCUUCAUCUUCGCAUGAUAGCUUUUUGGAAGUUUAAAAUUGGCGUAAAGUGAAAGUUGCCAACUGGGUAAAAUUGGGAUUACUUAAGUUGGCAUUUUUUUUCCCCUCUCCAACUUCGUAUCUUCUUUGUAUCUUCUUUGUAUCUUUUUUGUUCUUUUUUUUUUUUUUUUUUUUUUACCGCUGCGAAAAAAUGAUAGAAAUAGUUGGCUCGCUGGCCUUAGCCUUCACGCUUUUACUGGCCGUGGUCCUGGCUCACAUAACCGCAGGGACGAGAAAAAAGAAAUUAAUCAUCGACAGAAAAGGAGAGCUGAGCAGCAAGUACAAAAUCGAUUUUGAUAUAAUUUCGCAAGGAAUGAAACGUAAGAAUGUAAUAAAUGUGGAUGACAUAACUGACGAGGAAUUGCUAGUCAUUCUGUUCACCGCGAAGAAGUUUGAGUCUUUGCUAAAAAAUAAGAAGGACACAAAGUUCCUGGAAAAUAAAGUUUUCUGUAGCAUCUUCCUGGAGCCCAGUACAAGAACGAGAUGUUCCUUCGACUCUGCAAUUUUGAGACUGGGUUCGAAGGUGAUAAAUAUUACGGACAUGAAUUCCACGUCGUUUUACAAGGGGGAAACUGUGCAGGACGCGUUCACCAUUUUGGCGAAAUAUGUGGACGGGAUUAUAUACCGGGAUCCCUCGAAUAAUAAUGUCGACCUCGCCGUCGCCGCGUCCGACAAGCCAAUCAUCAACGCGGGAAAUGGCACAGGGGAACACCCAACACAGUCACUCCUAGACUUCUACACCAUAUACAAUUUCUUCCCGUACAUUUUGGAAAGAGACAUAAACCAAAAAAUAAACGUGGCCUUUGUUGGAGAUUUAAAAAAUGGAAGGACUGUUCAUUCGCUUAGCAAAUUGCUGAGCAGAUAUAAUGUCAAUUUUAUUUUUAUAUCUUGCAAGUCGCUGGAUAUUCCCGAAAAUAUUGUGCACAUUAUAACGAACAAUUUGAAAUGGAACAAUUUCUACAAUGAAAAUUCUAUUAGAAAAUAUGACAAUUUGGAGAAAGGAUUAAAAGAUGUGCAUGUGAUAUACAUGACACGGAUACAGAAGGAGAGGUUUACCGACUUAAACGAGUACAACGCGUAUAAGGACGCCUUCAUUUUGGAUAACCGCGUUUUGGAGAAUACCAGGAUGGAUACGAAGGUCCUGCACCCCCUCCCCAGGGUUAACGAAAUAAAAGUCGAAGUUGAUGACAAUCCCAAAAGUGUGUACUUUUUGCAGGCCGAAAACGGAUUGUAUGUGAGGAUGGCCCUGUUGUACCUCAUUUUUUCGUAA